AUGAUUCAUUUUGAUUAUGGGCCAGAUAGUAGCAGUAAGCCCCCCGUGUUAAAAAUAGAGAAUAUUCAUAAAAAUAAUAUUCGUCUGUCUGCAUCUGAAAUGUUGGUAUUAGUUCGGUAUUUUGGCUUAUUAAUUGGAGAUUUUGUUCCCAAAAAUGAUCCAGUGUGGCACUUAUAUAUACUUUUAAGACAAAUUCUUGAUUUAGUUACAUCUAUGUCAUUGCAAAUAGAUUCGUGUGAACUCUUACAAAUAUUAAUAACUGAACACCAUGACCUUUAUCUUAGGUUUAGUAAACAAAAUCUUAAGCCGAAACAUCAUUUUAUGUUACAUUACCAUACAAUGUUAAAAAAAUUUGGCCCCCUUGUAGCAUUAUGGUCAAUGAGAUUUGAGGCAAAACAUAGAAUAUCAAAAAUAGCUGCGAACACUACUAGUAAUAGACGAAACAUAUGUAAAACCUUGGCAAUCAAACAUCAGUUGCAAUUAAACAAUUUAUUUUUCAAAGGUUCAUUACCUUCCCAUUUUGAAACAGGUCCUCCUAAUAUCCUAAGUGACUUGGAAUUGGAAGUUUUAAAAAAAAAAUUUCAAUUUAAUUCCGUAGAGUCCAUUGUUAAGUGUCCUUGGAUAUCUAUAAAAGGCACCAAAUAUAAGCCAAAACUAGUACUUACAUUAGAUAUGUAUGAAAAUGAUCUUCCUAUAUUUGGAAUAAUAGAAGACAUUUUUUUAUUUAAUGAUACUUUGAUAAUUUUUAAGUGUAAGCACAUUAAUACUGUUAUAUUUGAUGAUCAUGUAUUUUCAUAUGAGGUAAAACUAGAUGAUAAAUGUACAUUUGUGUAUCACCAUGCAUUGCUUUCUUAUAUUCCAAAUAACAUCAGUGUAUUACCAAAUGGACGUAGUUAUGUAACUCUAAGAAGCAGCAUUUAG